AUGCUGCCAUUGAGCUUGACAUAUUUGGGAUCAUCGCUAGAACAGGUCCAGGUUCUCAGAUCUCAUCCUCUGAGGGAAGAUGGUAACAAGGUGGAGAGGAUUUAUGGCCUUGCACCUGCCUCUAAAUCCCUGCUUGGUCACGAAGAUGAAGGGUUAGGCAUGGAGGAUGCCAUAAUUGAAGGUGGCGAUCAAUGUAAGAAAGUUAAUGGGAAGUCUUCAUUCCAGUUUAUGAACAUUGAUCCAACAUUCAACAAGAUCUUCAAUAAAGCUAUGGCUGGCAUUUCCUCCUUAACCAUGAGAAAAAUACUUGAAACAUACGAAGGAUUUGAGGGACUCGCAUCAUUGGUUGAUGUUGGGGGUGGAAUUGGCAGAACCCUUAAUAGAAUCAUCUCCAAUUAUCCUUCCGGUGAGGGAAUUAACUAUGACUUGCCUCGUGUGGUACAAAGUGCACCUUCUUAUCCUGAUACACAUUGUUUUCCUUUUCAAGAAAGAAAGAAUGAGAGUAUUCAGCAUGUUGGAGGGGAUAUGUUUUCAAGUUCUGGAUUUGAAGAGUAA